ACAACCACCACAUCACUGCAUGAAUCUUCUAUUUUACCAGCCUGUGAUCUAUAAAGCUAGUAGUUCCACAAUUACCGUCAGGACGCAUAUAUUUAAUUCUUGUGAAGGAGUACUCGAUUCUGAUAUACAUGUAUAUACCCCUCAGGUAUCAUGUAUGAAUACAGUGAGCACAACAGCACUUCAAAGAAGGCAAUGUUUUCCUUAAAUGAUACUUCUGCUUUGAUGAGUGUACGAAACGAUGUUCCAGUUUAUCUGGAAGACAACCAUCUCAUUUUUGUUGUUCUUAUAUCUAUUUUUGGAAUACUCGGAAAUGUUCUCACGCUCUCCAAAAUCGUGUUCGACAAGGCAUAUCAUCGCACAGUGUUUUAUGUUAUCGGCUCUAUAAUAUUCACGGAUCUCGUGAACCUGUGUCUGUAUUUGGCUCAUGCGAUCACAGAGAAUAUGAACUUUCAGCUGGGAAAUGUACCAUGCACGGUGUUUUUGAUCGUCUUUUAUGGUGCCACUCAUUCGAGUGCAGCCCACGUGAUAUUGCUGUUCGGACUCCGAAGUUACAUGGUUUCAGAGCCAAUCAAGUUUAACGAGAUCACCAAACGACAGGUAUUUGGUGCAUCAGCAGUGCUGUGGAUUCUGAGUGCCUGUUUUGCCGUUUUGUACUUUUUGCUUCGUUACCAGUCUGGCAUACAGUCUUCGACCUACGUAAUCAUAACUUUCCGGGUCUACCUAAUAGUCAUCCCUACCCUUCUGAUUUUAACUUUCCACGUGAAGAAAAUGCAUAGACUCAAAAGGCGCUCUUUGAGCAAGCACAACGUUGAAACCAAUCUGAUCAAAAUGUCUCUGGUGACAUCUGUCAUUCUCUUUGCCUAUAUGUCCUCGGCCGUUCUGUUUCUGUUGUGUUAUAUUUUGUCUUUGCACAGUUUACGUAACUUGGAAAGAACCUUUCUGGUGGCUGCGCAGUUCGCAUGGUUAUUAAACUCUAUUUUGAGCCCUUUUAUAUAUUUCAUCGCGGCACUGCGCGCUCGUAACUGUUUAAAGCGCUUCUCAACAGCAAUACAAGACAGACUAUGAAACCUGAAUUAUUUCAACCCAGUUUUGAUUUUAAAAAAGAACAAUUAGUAUGAAAAGAACAAUAAAAGAUCACACUUAUGUUGCAACAUCGUAUAAUUUAAUUAAGCGACUUCAAAUGGGUACAGUGUAUUGAAAAUAAAGAAACAUGUAAUACUUAAUACAUUUUUUUAAAGGUACUAGUGUAAAAACCUUUUAAACUAUCUAAUGGCCUUUAAUAUCAAAUAUUAUACAUGAUUACGGUACUAUAUAUAGUAUAAAACUCGUCCACCAAGAUUUGAUAGAUUCCUGCACAAACUUCCGGUAUAGGGCCCCUACACGUAAUCUGUGAGCCCGUCCCAUGACCUUUUAAACUUCGUUUACGAUCCAUACAAUGACCAGUAACAUAUAUAAUAAUUAUAAUUACAACACUUAUUUUUUAAAAAUUACUAUUUUACAAAUCCUUUAUAAAUGGACGAGUCAAAAUUCGUCUCCUGUCAAAAGCCCUAAGAGUAUGCUGAAUUUUUUGCAGUUCAUACGUAAACAUUUUUUUUUAACAAUAGGAAUAAUAAAACAAAAUGAUGGGUGUGAAAUAGCCUAAUGGUUAUGAAAUCUACCGCAUGAAGUUGAAGCUGACGUAAUUUUCUUUGUUGCUGUGAAUUAUUCAAUAUUUUAACGAAUGUUGGAAUGUUUUAAUGAAAUACUGAGUAUUGUAGAUCUAUAAUAAGAUUAAUAUUUUUAUGACGCAUUGCACUUUUACAGAUUAUGUAAUAGAUGUAGGUAUAAAGAAAUAUCAUUUUAUUAAGAAAACCUGCAAUAUAUGUUUUGUUUUUGUAAAUCAUGCUGAUAUCUUUAUUUCCCCACUAAUGAAAAAAUGCAAGUGUCCCUAUCUCCCAUUAAAAACAAAACGACAUGCCAACCUUCCGAAGGGAUUAAAGUGUUAGAUGUGCAUUAUUUUUCUGAUCAUCGGAGGAAUUCGGAAAUACAAGAUUAGUGUAAACUUGAUUAUAAUUGAUUGUUUGUCUGAACAUAUGAUGAAUUAUUACUGUGUUUAUCAUGGUUAUCUUUCAAAACUUUUAGUAAGUGUGAAUCCGAAGUGGGAGAUAUGGAUUGUUAUGGGUAUAGUGAUGUGACGUUGUACAUAUGUAUGCAUGAUAAAAAUGUAUUUUUGACGAUCAAUAUUUCUGCCAAUUUCUGCAUUUACGAUUUGCUAUUAUAACAGAUAAAAAUGUAUUUUUGACGAUCAAUAUUUCUGCCAAUUUCUGCAUUUACGAUUUGCUACUAUAAAAAAAAAACCAGGAACCAUGCCCGUUU